AUGAAAUACAGCAGCUGUGGUGAAACACGCGUGCAUUACACGUCCUCCAGGAGAACUUACUGAUGUUUACAAACCUGUUAGAGCAAGUAAAAGCUGUGAAACUGGGCAGUAUUCAAGCUUUGGUUAUCAUCUCAGCUGCUUAGUGACGGUUUUCCCAAGAAUUUAGAGUCACUAUGAUGGCGAAAAAAUCUGUAAAGAGACAAAGAGUUACAGCAACUGUGGACUUGGCGGUUGUGAAAAAACUAAAAGUUUCCCACAGUAGUCAUGGCCAGGAAAAGGGCCUGGUGCUUGUUCUCGGGCAGGGUGACGUUGGACAGCUUGGCCUGGGAGAGGAUGUGCUUGAAAGGAAGAAACCGGCCCUGUUGACUCUUCCUGAGGGCAUCGUGCAGGCCGUGGCAGGGGGCAUGCACACAGUCUGCCUCAGUGACACUGGAAAUGUUUAUACAUUUGGCUGUAAUGAUGAGGGCGCUUUGGGUCGCAACACAUCAGAGGAGGGCGCAGAGAUGGUUCCAGCCAAGGUGGACCUUGGAGAGAAGGUUGUACAGGUUUCUGCAGGGGACAGCCACACUGCUGCCCUAACAGAGGAGGGAGCUGUCUACGUCUGGGGCUCUUUUAGAGAUAAUAAUGGUGUCAUUGGACUCCUGGAGCCCAUGAAAAAGUGCAUGUUGCCUGUCAAAAUUCCUUUUGACAAGCCUGUGGUUAAAAUAGUCUCAGGAAAUGAUCACUUGGUGAUGCUGACUGUGAAUGGAGAGCUGUACACCUCAGGAUGUGGAGAGCAAGGCCAGCUAGGAAGGGUGGCCGAGCACUUCGCUAACCGUGGAGGCAGGAAAGGAUUGAUGAGGCUCCUGGAGCCGCAGAUGGUUACCAUGAAACCACGGGGCAAGUUCGUCUUCACCGAUGUCUUUUGUGGAGCAUACUUCACGUUUGCUGUGUCUAAAGAGGGUCAUGUUUAUGGCUUUGGCCUGUCCAAUUACCACCAGCUUGGUACCCAAAGCACAAACACCUGCUUUGUUCCUGUCAAGCUCACCUCUUUCAAGAACUCCACCACCUCCUGGGUGGGUCUCUCUGGGGGACAGCACCACACUCUGUGUCUGAAUUCUGAAGGACAAGUGUACAGUCUUGGUCGGGCCGAGUAUGGCCGAUUGGGCCUUGGGAAGGAUGCAGGAGAGAAGAGUGAGCCCACAUCAGUCUCUGGUAUCAGUGACGCUCAAGUAGUCGCCUGUGGUGCCUCAGUAAGCUACGCUGUCACCAAACAAGGCUCUGUGUUUGCCUGGGGCAUGGGCACCAACCUGCAGCUGGGCACAGGAGAGGAGGAUGAUGAAUGGAGCCCUGUGGAGAUGACAGGCAAGCAGCUGGAGAAUCGUGUAGUUUUUUCAGUGUCCAGUGGAGGGCAACACACAGUCCUGCUGGUCAAAGACAAGCAGGAGAGCUGAUCUUGGUCUCCUUGACUGAAAAAAGCUGAGCCAAACUACUGUAUCAGUGGUAACUGUAACCUAUAGCUUGAUCAAGAUCGGGGAGUCUGAGGUUGGUAAUACUUCCUGUGCUGAGCUAAGCCAGCAACUGAGGGGAGAUGAGGGGUUUUGAAGAGGGUAGGAUGAGUAUCAUCUAAUUAAAUUUUUAUCCCACUUUAUGGGAAAUGCAAACAUUCACUGGGUAUGGUCCAGUAGAUGAUGAUCAAAGAGAAUAUUUUUUUAUGGACUUUCUUUGCUUUAUUUUCUUAAUUCUUUUUAACAACAAUCUGUAGUACACUUUCUUGGAGACUGCCUGUUGUGAGUGAUUGUAUGCAUGUAUGAACUGAAAACAAUUUAAUGAGUCUUUUAGAGAAUUCCCAGAUAGUGUGGUGGUUUUUUUUUUUUUUUUUUUUUUUUAAUUCCACAUUUUCAUCUUGGCAAUAAAAGGUUACAAGAGCAGGUAUAAUCACAAAAUUUGGUAUUUCUGUAUUUUGCAGUGUUAAACUGUUUCCCUAAAAUCUUAAAUAUAAUUUAAUGAUUGUAUUCAUGCGUUUCUGGCCCUGUGGACAAUUAAUAAAAAUUAAAAUCUUUA